AAGUGGGUUAUCACAUGCUGCAAGAUAUAUAUCCAUCUCCAUCUCCACAUACGUAGAUUUCAUGUGACAGAUUGAUCUACACUCCAAGUACAUAUACUUAUAAGUAGUCUCAAAUUGAUUAUAUCGCGAAAGUAGUGGUCAAAAGUAUAACGCGAGUUUUUGGUUCGACUUUUUUCAAUCGAUCAAAAAUCAGGAAACACACCCUAUCUUUUCCUAUUAGAUAAGUACAACAACAUGUCUGACUUGAAAGUUUUCACAUCCGAUGAAGUUGCUAAGCACAAUACUGUCGAUGACUUAUGGAUAGUCUACAACGGUAAGGUGUACGAUAUCACUAAGUACAUAGACGAGCAUCCAGGUGGAGAAGAAGUCGUUGUCGAUGUUGCUGGAACUGAUGCAACUGAGGCCUUUGACGACAUUGGUCACUCUGACGAAGCCCACGAAGUCUUAUCAGGAUUGUUGAUAGGAAAGGUUGAAGGAGGUGUCAUUAAGGAAACAAAGAGUACUAGUGUCACUCAAGAGGGUGGUGUUUCAUCCUCUCUUCUUGCUAUAGUCGUAAUCUUGUUGGCAUUUGGAGCUUACUUUUACUUUCAAAACCAAUGAACUUAAGACACUAUAGAGAAGGAUAGAAGUCUAUAAGUUACCUAUAAUACAUUUUUAUCAAGCAUGAUGUAAGUUUGGCACAGAGAUGGCAUAA